CAUGGCGGAUUAAUCGAAAUGCAAAUAGUGCUGGCCGUUUCUAUGUUUUUUUUAUUAAAUUUAAGAAAGAGGAGUUGCAGUUGGCGCUUCGCGGCAGAACUUAACGGAGCUUCUCUCUUGGGCGUGACAAGAAACACUCAAUUUCUACUAAAAACAUAGGGAGAAACAUAAAUUCAUAAUUCCGCUUCUGAAGAAAACUGGAUACAAAAAUGAAUGCGAUAAACGCAUCUUUAAGAAAUUCCUCUUUGGAGAACAUGACCAAUGCUCAAAUUGUCUGCCCAGUUACUGGCGAUGGAACGGUGUCAAAAGCCGUGCUGACAACAGCGUAUUGCAUUAUCUUAAUCCUCUCUUUGGUGGGAAAUACUCUUAUCAUUCUGAUCGUCUACCGGAACCCUCGCAUGUGGACAGCCUCCAAUUUCCUUAUCGUUAACAUGGCUGCAUCAGACCUUCUUGUUCCCUUCUUUGCCGUUCCAAGAAUGAUCGUGGAGGUGCUGGUGGGCAGAGAACGAUGGCUUAUUGACGGCACAGCCGGACUGAUCCUAUGUAAACUCGCGUAUUUCUUCCAAGAUGUGUCCAAUGCUGUCUCUGUUCAAAGCCUCAUCGCUAUAACAGCAGACAGAUUUUACGCGGUGAUGUUCCCUUUGAAAGCAAAUGCAAUGAAGUCUUAUAUCAGGUUUGUGAUUCCGGCUAUCUGGCUCACAGCAUUUGGUCUUCAUGCGCCAUAUCUUCAAGUCUUCAAAUUGUGCGUGGUAGAAGACAAGCUAUACUGCUGUCAAAGGUGGCCAAAGACUACAUCACUCCACAGCAAAUAUAUCUAUUUUUAUUUAAUUCUCUUGUUGGUGUUUGGUGUUCCGUUAAUAACGAUCAUAAUUUUGUAUGUAUUUAUUGUUUAUAAGUUGUUCCGCCGAAAAUUUCCCCUCGGUGCCGGCAAUUCCAUGACCCAAACUCAGCGAAACCGCCGCGCGAAGCAAAACAAAAACAUUUUAAAACUGUCAGUUACUAUUGUCGUCAUCUUUUUCUUAUGUUUUUCUCCCUUACUUGUUCUGGCUAUUCUCAGAACUACCGGCAGUAAAAGUCAAUGCAAUAUCGAAGUAUUCCGAAUAGUUGCCAAGUUGUUGGCGCAGUCAAACUGUGCAGUGAAUUCCUUUGUUUAUUACGUUUUUAAUACACAAUUUCGUCGGGGAUUUAUUUCCUAUUUAAAGGCAAUUGUUUGCUGUCUUGAUGAAAGCGAUAAUGGCACGAACACCACAGUUGGCUACUCUACCACGGGUCAAAAGAUUUCCCUUCUGUCGCAAAAACGAACCAAACAGAAUCUUUCUAUCACGGAAACAAUCUCAGAGUAGUAAACUUUAACGGGAGAAACAGUAAUGUUUGAUAUCUAAACUUCAUAAGAGUUUCUUUUUUAUGCCCUUCGGUGCACUUAAAAGGCUUCUUACAGCAAUCAUCAUAUCCUCAUCUUAAAAAUUGAUAAGAUUAGAUUUUUUGAUGCAUUUUUAUGGUAGACUUUAAGGUGACAUUUUACUUUAGAGAAGCACAGUUGCAGACUCUGAAAUUCGGCUUACAUUGCAAAUUGUUAGAUUUAUUUUUUCAUCUUUUGAUUGUUAUUGUACAACUAAUCAUGUUACCGAAAUGUGUUCUCAGAGAAAUUACUUCUGACCUACGGGUUCUACCGCUGUGAUAA